AUGUCCGCUAGGCCCUGGUCACGAAUGAUCCCGAAAAAGUCAUUCUUUGACACCCUCUAUAACUGCAAUUCGGUCAACUACGGUAGAGAUGGAUUUCUUACAUCUCGCUCUGCAGAGCUCGUCAAUCCACGCCACCAUAUGGUGAUCUCAGAUACCGUCUGGCAAGAUUUUGAUGCGGAGAUUUUGGCAGGUAUGAACGAUUCGAAGAUAUUAUCGUCCUUUACAUCGGGAUUCUUCGGGGGAUUUGUUUUUGGUAUGGAGGGUGUUUUAUUGAAUGCUGGUGCUUGGAGAUUACUCCCUGUGAAUUUUACAAACUUCUCGCAAGACCAACAAACAUCUGAGAUCUGGAAGAGCUCGGAAGUUCCUGAAAAUCAGCUUUGCGACGUGGGGACAAAGUUAUUUGGCACUUUUCAACUUCUCGACAAGCAUAUCUCCGAAUCACUAGACUCCCAAUUCAGCUAUGUCGACUAUGGAUUUGGCUCGGACAACUACUCCUUCGCGGGAUGCCACCGGUUCAGUGUUACGAGACACCAGACUACAUCAGAUUCAGUAUCAGAAAUGGAGCCGUCAAAGGCUCAAAUACGGAUUAGUCUGGAAGGAUUUACUUGUAAUCCCCAGACAAAUAAACAGGCUGUCGCCGAGAUAGGGAAGUGGUUCCAUGCUCUUUAUGCUAGAGCGCUUUUUGCGAAUGGAAUUCAGGCUGUCUUGCAGAGUCAACGUUCAGGUUAA